AUGAUCAUUCUUAUAUAAUUGACAAUCUAGCGAGAUAUAUUACAAUCAAUUCUUUUUUAGGUUAGUUGAUAAAUGUCAAAAAGGCGAGAAUGGAUGGGAAGACGUUUGAUGGAAAUGGGUGGAUUAAUCCGGAAUUUUUAUACGGUGUGGAAGAGUUCAUUAAAGUGGCAUUUGCAGAUAACCAAGAUAUGGUAAAGUGUCCAUGUAAGAAGUGUCGGUUAAGAUUUGUUUGGGCUUCAACAAAAAUUGACAAGCAUUUGCGGAAGAAUGGUUUCAUGGAGGAUUAUGAGACUUGGUAUUGUCAUGGUGAAAGGAGAAUAAAAGUGAAGUCGAGCGUCUCAAAGAAGAAUUGGAGGAGAAAGAUGCAACAAUGAAAGUGGAAAUAGACAAAUUACAAAAAGAACUCGACUAUACAAAAGGGCUUCAACAGAAAGAAAGAAAACGUCGUCGUGAGGUGGUUCAAGAGCUGGAAGAUUUUAAGAAAAGGUUCAAUUCUUUGAAUGCUUCAAUGUCCAAUAUUCACCGUAGACUAGAAAAAAAGGUCUAAUCGAAAAGUGUGAGAUAAAUCCUAUGUCAGUAGCCAAUGGAUCUAGAAGCCAAAAUAAAUCUUUCCGCCAUUCAAAGACGAGAAACUCAAGAAUUUAUAGUCAAUUUAAAUCAGUGUGUGACGAUAGCGGUGACUCAAGUGAUUCAUUAAACUCAAACUCUGGUGAAGAGUCUGAUUAGAAGGAGACGUCCAUUUCACUUGUAGGAGCUAAGAUACUGAAGGUAUUAUAUAUUGAUGGUGUUGCAGCUUGUUUUACUACCUUGGACUAGGCAAUAGAUUGUGCUAAUGAGAGAUGCUUGCAAUUUGGACUAAGCAAAUUAUUUUUGUUGGUUUGAACCACUUUGUCAAUUCUAUUAUGCAUUCUUGUUGGUUUCUUAAUUUUGUUGAUGUAAAAACAUAUUCUCUAAUGUUUUUUUAUUUCUAGCUAAUUGAAAAAAUGAAUGUGUGUAUGGUUG